AGACGCCGCUUUAUUUUUCGCUUGAGAAGUUCGAACAAACACCAUUUUCAGGCACUGCAGGGUCUAACAUGAAUAAUGGCGUCUCGAAAAAUAGUGCGUGUGAAAGAUUUGACAUUUCUAUAGGCGCGACGAAGAGAAGGGCUGCCGACCAAUCAGGAAAGAGAUACGCGCUCUAAUGACACGUCAUACCGGGAAGUUCCCUUGCUGCCUACAGCAGGUAGGGAUGGUGGAACCGAUAAUCAGUGUCUGUUAAGUCAGGUCAAGUAAAAUAUGGGGAGGCCGCGGAAGAGGAACGUGGCCGCAGAUGGACAGCCUCUCUCUCAGAAACAGGAGAAACCACCAGCUCUGGUCCGUAAGGAAAAGGAAAAGAAGAAAGCAAAGACGGAUAUCGGCAGGAUCUUCAUCAACAUCUCUAUUGGCUUGUGCAUGUUCAGCCUCGCCUGGUUCUUUUAUGCCUUGUACAUGCGCUCGGCCUUGGCCAGGAGAGCAGUGACCCUGCAUCCGUCACGUCGCGUUUUAGAUGCCAACAGCACCACCUCUGCUGUGUCUCCUGAGAGGUUCUGGGGCUCCUAUCGUCCCCAGGUUUAUUUUGGAAUGAAGACGAGGAGUCCGAGAUCCGUCGUGACAGGCUUGAUGUGGAUGCGGCAGUUCUCACCCAAGGGGGUGGACCUGAGGCACACGUGUGAGCAAGGGGACGGAUUGCGUUCCUACGGCUGGUUAAUGCACGAUGGCAUCAACUUCGGCACGCAGCACAUCCAAGACACGGAUUUUACUCUCACGACGACUUUCGUGAAACGAAUGGGAGGGAAACACGGCGGUGACUGGACGUGGAGAAUCGGCGGCAAGCAACACAAUACUGCCGCUCAUGCCCCAGUCAUCUCAUUAUUGUUCUACGUGGCAACAGAUACCCAGGGUUCCUUGCAAGCUCACUUAGACAGUAAGACGAGGCUGAGCCACGUUACAGGCACUUCAGAGGAACUGGGAAGCUUCAAGAUCAUUUUUGGCAAACCUUCGGAUGGAGAGGGGUCUCCCAGUAAACACGCCAGCUAUAAUUAUUUGCAGACUCUGAGCCCCGGUCUGGACCAAUUAACAAACAUAGUGAAGUCCAGCCUGAGUCGCAGAUUUGUUUUUAGUUCAUCUGCCACAGAGAAGAACCAUUACAUCGCUGUGGAUACCUACACGCCUCCUCCGCAACAACAAAACGAUAAACGCAUCCAUAGUGACUUUGUGGUGCACCAGGUUACCGUCCAAGUCCCCUUUCAAAUUGAGGUUUUAUUUGAAUCCGGAAGCUUCCAUGACCGACCUGAUCAGCUGAUGGGCUCUGUUUUGACCAAGGAGCUCACAAGGUUAAAGUCGUCUUACAAUGAGAAGUUUGAGGAGACCUUCGGACUUCAGGCCAGAGGGUUCACUCAAGCCCAAGUGAGGUUUGCCAAAGCUGCCCUGAGCAACAUGCUUGGAGGUAUGGGCUACUUUUUUGGACAGUCCAUUGUUCAGUCGAUUUAUAAUGAGCACCCCGUUUUUUACCCGGAGGGUGCUUUGUUCACUGCAGUGCCCUCCCGUUCCUUCUUCCCACGUGGUUUUCUGUGGGAUGAAGGAUUUCACCAGCUCCUCAUCAACAAGUGGGAUGCCCAGGUGGCACGUGAGGCUGUUGCUCACUGGUUGGAUUCGAUCAACGUGGAAGGCUGGAUUCCACGUGAGCAGAUCCUGGGUGACGAGGCGCUCAGCAAGGUGCCUUCUGAGUUUGUGGUGCAACACACUGAAAAUGCAAACCCACCAACAUUCUUUCUACUCCUGGAGGAGAUUUUGGAGCAGCUUGAUGCACAUCCAGAUGCCCAGAAUACUCUACAUUUCCUCCAAAGACUGUACCCCCGAUUGCACUCAUGGUUUGAGUGGUAUAACACCACUCAAGCUGGACCCUUGCCUAACUCUUAUCGUUGGCGUGGCAGGGACAAGGACACCAACAGUUUCCUCAACCCUAAGACUUUGACGUCUGGGCUGGAUGACUAUCCUCGUGCGUCACACCCUUCCGAAGACGAACGACACGUAGAUUUGCACUGUUGGAUGACUUUAGCCUCACGUGUCAUGACUAGCAUAUCGAGAAUACUUGGAGAACCACAUCAGGAAUACGAACACACCUCCUUGACCCUUAGUAACAACAGCCUGCUAAAUGAGUUGCACUGGUCCGAGCAGCAUCAUGCCUUCUGUGACUAUGGGAAUCACACCGCGGCUGUAUCAUUGCUGCAGGAAAAGAUUUUUGUGCCCCCCGGGCAGAUGAACCAGCCGUUACCGGCGAAACGUCUGGUGCGCUCAGUGCGCAAAGCCCCCAAGCUGCAGUACGUGAACGCUCUUGGGUACGUUAGUCUGUUUCCGUUCUUGCUACACAUCCUAACACCUGACUCUCAAAAACUAGAGCACAUUUUGAAAGACAUCCGGGAUCCCACUCGCUUGUGGACGCCGUACGGCUUGCGCUCGCUUUCCCGUUCGGAUCCUAUUUAUAUGAAGCGCAAUACAGAGCACGAUGCCCCCUACUGGCGUGGUGCUAUAUGGAUCAACAUCAACUAUCUGGCACUAAAGGCACUUCACCAUUACAGCAGUAUCGAGGGACCCUACCGGGAGGAAGCUGCCGAGAUCUAUCAAGAGCUCAGGACUAAUGUCGUCAAUAACAUUUACAAACAGUACCAUGAAACUGGAUAUAUCUGGGAGCAGUACAAUGAUGGCACCGGACGGGGGCAGGGGAGCCACCCUUUUACAGGCUGGUCAGCUCUGGUUGUACUCAUCAUGGCAGAAGAUUACUGACUGUCUGCAGGUUGAAAAUCUUUUGUGCUCUUGUUGAAAGGUUUACCUAGGUUGGAGUGCUCUAAUUUUUUUUAUGUUUCGGGGUCUUUUUAUAAAUCACACUUUGUAAAAAUGUCCGAGGAAUGUUUAGCUUUUAAAUGCGGUUAACAUCAAUUCAUGCUCAGGUGUAAAUGAGGGGAAAUGUUAAGUGAAAGCAGUGUUACCACAAGCAUUAUGUCUUGAAUUCAGCUGUGUCCGAAAGAAUAAACCGGAUAAACCGAA